GGGCGCGAGCUUGCAGUUGCCACCGUACCGUGACCAUGUUCCCGACCCUCGUCAGGCUCUCGAAAGCCUCUCGGAGAACGCUCACGCCGAAGAGGGGUAACAAAGAUUUCUACAAAGGUACCGGACAGGCCUUUGUCCCUGGCGGAGGUUUACGCACAGGCGCGCCGGGAAAGCAUGUCGUUGGCGGCAAGGCGAAGUAUCGCCUGGUGGACGAGAAGGUCCGAGCGUUUGUAGCACCAUCCAUAGAGACGAUCCAAAACACUCAGGUGCGUCGUCUUGCGACCUUUGACUGUCAGGGCAUGUGCUGAAGAAAUGUCAUUAGCUGCGACCAUACGUUAGCGUCAAUGUCAACCUAACGAGGGAGCAGCGAAAAGAAGGCUCUGCGCCUCUAUAAUGUUCGACUCAGAGUGCUUCUGAGCUUGGCCUUCAAGUCAGCGACGACACGCAGGGUUUCCGCAGGCAUUCCCGAUCUGCUACCGGCUACGAUGUUAGUCUUUACACAAGUUCAGACAAUUUGCAGGCCUAGGAGGGUACAAUAGAGCGCGAGCGUCACUCUCGUCAAGUCAUGGCUACGCCUGUCGAGUGGA